AUGUCCUACCAGUAUCCUCCCCUACCCAACACUCCCGAGGUGGACAUGUCUCACCCCGGGUACGCGCCCGGCUACAGCGCGCCGGCUCCGGGUCCUCCGAUGAUGGUCCCGAGAUCCCACGAUCAAUCAAUCAAGGAGCGCGAGGAAUCCUUUCCACAGGCGAGUCUGAAGUUGAAACGUUCGAGGACUAAGCCUAAUGUCAGACCGCGGCAGGCCAACAUCCCCGACCCAAGCCAGGCUGCGUUGGCGAACGACAAGAAGAGAAACAAGCUAGGUUACCAUCGAACCUCGGUAGCUUGUGGACACUGUCGUCGACGGAAGAUCCGUUGCAUCCCCUCGCCUUCCGACACCCUGGGUAGAUGUAUCAACUGCAUCAGACUGAAGAAGGAGUGCAGCUUCUAUCCCGUAGACCAGCCACCGGCACCGCAGUCGACAGAGGCGCGGCCAAAGGCGCCAUCCCGAGCUUCGACAGGGCCCAAGGUCACGUCUGCGUCUUCGUCCCCGGCUAUGGCUCCUGGCCAGUCGCCGGACAUGUCCCAAUACCAGCAGUAUCGGCACGUGGCGAUGCCUCCAGCAAACAUGGCCCCGCCCGCAAUGAGACCGGCGGGCGUCGAAGGGGUACCCUCUGGCGCGUCCUCGUCCUCUCGUUCGUUUGACUUUCAGGGUCAGCAAAUGGCAAAUUGGAUGCCGCAUGACGCGGCUUCCGGCGCUGCAAAGCCUUCUAACCUGAACGAGACGUGGACGUCGUACCCGCAGGAGUCGCCAAUCACGCCGUCCUUUUCGCCGUACACUCCUCAAGGGCCUGGCCCUGCCGGAUGGGGGACAGCCAUCAACACCGAUCCUAACAUUCGCGACGAGAUGAACUGGACCUCUUUUGUACCAGCCGGCUCGGUGCCGUUCCCCGGCCAAGCCCAGAUGCCGAACCAGUUCGCCGGCAUGCCUCAAGGCCGCUCCUUUGGAAGGAAAUCAUCGACCAUGUCGAUGGACAUGUACUCAACCCCGCUUGCCACUUCCGUGGCCGGUUUUGACCCGCAAGGCGCGUCUCUGUCCGCCGGCGCAGUGCCACCCGCGGGUUACGGAUCUUGGGAGCAGCCGUAUACCUACACCAAGUCGAGCGAGGGAGGAUACGAAUGGAGCUAUGACGACAGCCGCGAGCAGUAA